AAGGCACCGUCUCCGGUAGUGCAUACGGCAGCAAAAUGUGCAGCUGUCGACGCCUCAGCCCAACGCACCCCACGAUUGCCUAUAUAUACGUCGGAAUUAUGGGAACGCUAGCUGAAGCACGGUCGAGUAGUACACACAGCAGGGCCUAGUGUGUACACCUAACUGCAGCCAUGCCGCUUGUUCCGUCUUUAUUUUUAUUACUACUUCUGCACCUGUCCUGUUCUCCAACUGUCCAGCUAGCAGCUGCAGAUGAACAUAAGUACACACUCGUGGCAAUGAGCUCGCUGAAACCCAAAGCUACGUGCUCCGGAUACAGAGUGUCUCCACCCCAGAACAUUACGUGGGUACCACUGAAUCACCCCCAUGGACCGUGCUCGCCAUUGUCGGACGCUGCAACGCCGUCCUUGGCCGAGCUGCUCCACCAUGACCAGCUCCGUGUCGACGGCAUUCACAUGAGGCUCUCUAACGACACUCCUGGUGAUAGUAAGAAGACGCAGUCGGACCAAAAUUAUCAGACAGAGUCUUACGGCAAUGUAGUUCAUGCCCACGUUGGCGGAGCUGGACACCCCCCUCCUUUGAAGCACCAAGGUUCUUCCCAGCUUCGUCGCAAUAUUGAUGCGUCAGCUGCCGCCGCCGGAAGCAGGUCAUCCAGCCUUCCCGGAGUGCUCCAGACGUUCGUUUUGGACACAGCCAGCGACGUGCCGUGGGUGCAGUGCCUGCCCUGCCCCAUCCCGCCGUGUCACCCCCAGGUGGACAGCUUCUACGACCCAAGCAGGUCGCCCUCCUCCGCGCCUUUCUCCUGCACCUCCCCGACCUGCACCGGGCUCGGCACCUACGCCAAUGGCUGCGUCAACAACCAGUGCCAGUACCGCGUCGUCUACCCGGACGGCACGUCCACGUCCGGGAGCUACAUCGCUGACCUGCUCACCUUCGACGCCAGCAACGCCGUUCCAAGCUUCAAGUUUGGGUGCAGCCAUGCCGAGCAGGGCAGCUUCGACAGCCGGGCGGCGGGGAUUCUGGCGCUCGGCGGCGGCCCCGAGUCGCUGCUGUCCCAGACCGCGUCCCGUUACGGUAAGGUCUUCGCGUACUGCAUCCCGGCGUCGAGCAGCUACUCCGGGUUCUUCAUCCUCGGCGUGCCCAGCCUUGCCUCCUCCAGGUACGUUGUCACGCCCAUGGUGAGGUUCAGUCAGGCCACGUUUUACGGCGUGCGCCUCCGUGCCAUCACUGUCGGUGGGCAGCCGCUCGGCGUGGGCCCCACGGUGUUCGCCGCCGGCUCCGUGCUGGACUCCCGCACCGACAUUACGCGCCUGCCGCCGACGGCGUACCAGGCCCUGCGCGCCGCGUUCAGAAGCAGCAUGAGCAUGUACCGCUCGGCUCCGCCCAAGGGGAUCCUCGACACUUGCUACGACUUCACCGGCGUCGUCAACAUCAAGCUGCCCAAGAUCACCUUGGUGUUCGACCGGAACGCCGUGGUGGUGCUGGACUCCUCGGGCAUCCUCUUCCACGACUGUCUCGCCUUCGCCUCCAAUGCCAACGAUCGCAUGCCGGGCAUCCUCGGCAGCGUGCAGCAGCAGACCAUUGAGGUCCUCUACAACGUCGAUGGCGGCACCGUGGGCUUCCGCCAAGGCGCGUGCUAAGAUAUGAUCGUGGAGAUGACUGCAGGCUACAAGCAAUCUACUACUACUAUCUAGUGCCAAUUUGCAUGGCACCCCAGCAUAAAAUAAACUAAUUACUAGUGUGUACUCGUUCUUGUGCGCCAGGUUUGGAUGGCUGCUGUUUAGUCCUUGUGUGUGUGUGUGUGUGCACAAGCUGCUGGCUCAUUGUGACACAAGACCUAGUUUGCUGUCAUCAUCCAAAUUAAUAAUUGAACCCAAUGCAAGGUUUG